CCAUCAAGGCCCUUUCCAUCUUACCUUAACCUGAGGCAUAUUUUAUGCCUCUCUAGAGUUUUCUAGAAAUGAAUUAGACGUGACGGGCCUUUUACUCACAGUGCAAAGCUAUUGUUGUUCACGACACGGUGUUGCCGCCUGAGAUUGGUCGAUUUUUCGUGUCCAGCGAAAUAUUCGCCGUUCUUUAUUUAUUACCGCCUUCCUCACACAGUGGACGUCAGUUCCUGACUACGAGAUAUCUGAGCCAGGUGGAUCAGGGAUACCGGUGUAAUCAUUGAAGAAGAUAUGGAUGAAGCAAGCACUCGAGGUUAUUAAACAUGGACCCUGCUUCUGGGGGCCUCUCGCUAUCUACAACCACAAGUUCGAAACGGUUGCUCACUUCAAAACAAAAAGCUCCUCUUCCACCCCCGAAGGUCUUAAAAUGUGAUCCAGAAGAGGUUGAGAUCCUAAAGGAUGAUAUUCAUCACAGUUUUAGUGCAUCUCAGGGCAAAACAUUGCUGAAACAAUCACACAACCAAGCCAAAGAACCACAAGCUGUUUUGUUUAAGAAAAUUGAUGGCCAAGAACAAGAGCAAAGUAAAACUGUGGAGGAGCAGAAAGUGUUGCUUUCUCAUGCUGGAGACAAACUUUUAGCAACAUUUUACGGAAUGCUUUACACAAAAGAUAGCACUGAAAGAGACUGGAAACUUGAAGUGGAUGGAUUUAUUCCUAUUUGCUUUGUGCAGGUUCAGGGAAAUGCAAACAAGCCAUUUAGAAUUAUUGCUGUUGAGAAAUCAAGUAGAAUAAUGGAUUACCAAGUGAAUACAAAUACAACUUGUGCAAGGAGCUCAACAUUUGUCAAAUGGCAGGAUGGUUUAUCAAUGUUUGGUGUACGUUUUGGGAGAGAAGAUCAAGCUGAACAGUUUUUAACCACAGUGAAACGAAUGGCUUCUACUGUGAGCAAGACGGCACUACUAUUGAAACAGCCAGAAAGAAAGGCUAUCAUAGAAAAGAUGUCUGAUCCUGCAUCAAGUAACAUUCAUCAUACAAAAGUGUCACUUAUGAUCAAACUACCAGAUAAACAAACCACAGUUCUGUCUGUUCCUGGACUACUAACAAUGAGUGAAUUAUUUGAAGAGAUAUGUGAAAAAGAACAUCUGAAUCCUGCUGAGCAUCAGUUGUCUUUGCCAAGGACAGGAGGAAGAAAAGUCACAUUUGAUUCUGGUACAGCUGUAGGGUCUUUGAAGAUCAGGGAAGUUGCAAUAAUUAGAACGGGGGCGUCAGACAGCAGUGCUGGAAAUGUAGAGGUUGAGGAUGAAUCAGUAGAAGAAUUACUUGAUACCAAAGGAGAAGAGAGUAAAAUUCUCCAAUUUAUUCUUCCAAGUGGAAUAAAGAAGUCUUAUUGUGUGUCUGUUGACACGACUGUGAAGCAACUAGUGACGAGUGUCUGUUCACGUGAAAAUCUCAACCCUCGACAUCACUCUCUGCAGUAUAUAGACUUUAAACAUGAAUUCAUUGAUGCAGGCAGCACUGUUAAUGAAAUUGAAGUCAAACAAGUCAGAUUAAUGGAUAAAAGAGCGUUAAGGCGUAACAGCGGUAACACCCUCACAAUAACCAAGAGCUCUGUAACUGAUGAUGACACCACAUCUAAUGACCCUCUUAACAACACUCAUUUGAGGAAAAGCUGUGGUGAUGAAAUGGAAGCAGAUAAUUCUACACUAAGCGAGAGAGACAGGGAAAACAAGAUUUUAUCGCCGCCAAGAAGCAAGUCCUUAGAUGUACUUUCCGAUCAUAAACACGAGAAUACACAAGAGCACUCACCGUCUAAUGGUUGUGUUCCGCCCUCGAUGAAACGAGUGACUAAUCAACAUUCCAGCACGAAUAAGCCGCCAGUACGACCGCAACCAUUUCGGUCUUCCAAAUCAGUGACUCCUCUCAUAAACCAGACUGGUAACGUGUCAAACGAUGCACUUAAAGAGCUCCCCUUAAGCCCUUUGAAGAGGAGCGAUAUAAUGUACGCUUCUUCUCCGGAACUGAGUGUCUGCUCUUCAAAAUCGGACGAUUCUCCAGAAUUUGAUGGUAACAUUAAGACGUCAACACCAGAUACAAAACGCAGGCGCAGAGCCCCCCCUCCUCCGCGCCCCGCCGCUCCUAAGGCGCUUUUCUCUGAAAAUAAAACGAAUAUCCACGGCAAUGGCGCUGCUGUGAAGACGACCCCUUCUUCGAUGGCAAGUUCCACCACGUUUCAAGUCUCGGCCGCAAAUGAUGGUAAACUGAAACCGAGUCACAAGAAAAGACCUGCCCCUCCUAGGCCCGACAGGCCCCCUCCCCCUCAGCCGGCACCUAGAUUAACUAAGAAGGGGUCUCAGGGGGGAAAAGACGUAUCGGAAGACAAAAGAGAGAAGGACGCGAGCGUUCACUUGGAACAAAACAAGGGAAUCACACGGAGGCCAGAUCGUGUGCAAUUGUCACUGAAUCUGGAAACACACCGAUCCGACAAUCAAGAAGAAGAUGAGGUGGAUAACUGGAGAGGUGUGCCUGUUUUUAUCCCUCCUCCCCCACCAGACGAGUUACCGCCUCCCCUUGAAGAGUGUGAAACCCCUGUUGGACCUCUGACUGAUCUUGAAGCUGACAUAUUGGAAGGGGCUGCGGUCACUGAUGGCUUUCCUGUGACAAUGAACGGUUUCAUUGGAAUGCAUGAAAUUGGAAUGUUCGCUGCUAACGGUGUCAAUGAUGCGCGGGCUCAAGCUAUUCAGGCAGGACCUGACGAAGAGCAGGAGAGUGAAGAUCAUUCGACCACAAGGGCAAAACCUGAAGUUUCAUUAGCGCCUGUUCCUGAGCAAGAGGCAUUCCCUGUAGUUCCACCUCCACCGCUUUAUUCCGAGCCUGAGUCUUCACUGGACGCCAAGCAGCUCAACGCCGACAAAACUCCACGGGUACCCCCAGCGGUUGUUUCUAACUCAGGUUUCGUUGACGUCCCUCCUCCCGUAAUUGAAGCUCAGACAGUGAGAACGAUCUCGGAGAAUGACGUCAAGAAUCACAAUUCAGGGUUCGAUCAGGGCCCCGAGAGCAUUACCAUAACUCCUCCUUUAGAUCAGGCGAAUGAUUUUCCUUUAGGGCACAGAGAGGAUCCUGACUCUGGGUCUAGUUUGGAUAUGGUUAGUACCAUUCCACCACCGGCGGAUUUUGAAACAUGGCCACUAACCCCUCCCUGUCAGUUUGCUAAUCCUACGGUGGCACCCCCUGAGGAGUUCGUAAAUUCGGAAGAAAUUAAAAAGGAAGAAGGGCAGCCUAAGGAAGAAAAGUUUCAGAAGAAACUUUACAUUAAUGAAGGUUUGUUUCCCUGGAUGGACGAAACGCAAGCACCUUUUAAUGCUACAAUACCUUCAGAGGUAUCCAAGGACACAGAGAAUGGGUGGGUGGUUGUUGACGUAAAUACAAAAGAAAGUACCCCUGUGGAUGAAAAUCAUUCGGAGUAUUCCGUUGAUAAGGAGGCUGUGGAGACAAAAACUGUAACAAGUGUUAGUGAUGUUCUUCAUACAUCAAUAGCUGAAGAGAGAGUCGAUAAUCACGGUGGUGUUUCAACAGCUCCAGAAAUUAUCGAGAAAACAGAAAAAACACCGGUGACUGAGAAGCAAAGUUUGGAAACGCAGAGGAGUGUAUUCUGUGAUAAGAACAAAGACAUGCUCACAUCACAAGCUAUUGACAUGAAGGAAUCAGGCCAAGUCGAAACCAACGAAGUCAUCGUUACAAAUUUGAGCUCUAAACAAGGUGAACAUUCUGGAUCGAAACAGUUUUCAAACACGAUUAUAAAACCGGUUAAACCAGAAGGGGGGUCGGUUUCUAUUUCCAAAGAAACAGAAAUCCAAGUUGAGGCCGGAGUGAACGCACAACAAUAUUCGCUGCCACCGCGGACACAAGAUGUAAAGCAAGAGUUAUCAGCUGAACCUGCAAAACCUGCUCUUCAAGUUAAACCUGCAAAACCUGCUCUUCAAGUUAAACCUACAAAACCAGAGCUACAGGUUAAAGCUGAAAAGCCAGCCGUAACAGAAAAGCCAGUGACUUUAAUCCAAGAAGCAGAAGUUAAAGUUGCGCCGGCAGCAGUCAAUCUUCAUACCGAACUUGCGAGGCCAGACCCACAAGUAGAGCGUGGAAAUUUUGAUCAUGCCAAACCUGAAAAACCAGAAAUUAAAGCCAAACCAGUCCAGCCGAUCAAAGAGGCCGAGGGUGCAGUUGAUUUCCGGAGGAAUACCCGCGCAGAAGCUGCAAAACAGGAACUAGAUGUCAGCCUGAAACAACUAAAGGAAAAUGCUCUUAACUCCGAAAAGCCGGAAGCACCAGCUAAGCCAAGUCACCUUGUGAAAGAUAAGGAUUUUAAUCCCGACGCAGUUGUUGUAAAGGUAGAGACACCUGUGAUACCGGAAAAACGUCAAUCAAACAUGAAGCCAACUGCGUUUGUCACAGAAGCAGAAGUCAAAGUCGACACUCGACAGGUUGAACCCUUGUCAAUCAAUUCAUCCGUAGAGGUUUUGAGGCCGAAUUUAAACGUUCCGCCAGUUGAACAGGAUCAGCAAGUUAAACCUGAAUUACUAGAGCAAGUGGAAACAUUUCCUAUUGAAGGGGUCAUUACUCAGCAGUCAAAACCGGAAGUUCAAAUGUGUUUUACCUCUUUUAAAGAGGAUCAGGAUGACCAUCCGACUGAUCCUCCACAGAGCAUGCGCGACGGGGUAGCUUCUGUGGUGCGACAAGUUGUAACUGCUCAAGAAACCCCAGUCAAAACUGUAUCAACAGAAAGGAAAGAAAUGGUCGAAGAAGUCCUUGUUACUCCAGAAACCAAACUUGUCUCCUCUCCUGAUGAUAAGCUCAAAGAUUUAGAGGCUAAAUUACAUAAGCUAGAUGAAGAGACGGUGCCCUCUUCCCCUAACUUCAACAAGUUAGAGAACAAGGCACUUCCUACACCUUAUAAGGACGCAACUCCCGCAGUCCAAACUAAGGACCCCUUCUCCGAAGAUAUUAUCGUGUCUGAGAUGAAAAAAGUAGAGUCGUCAGAUUACGAGUAUUAUGAAGCGCUCUUCAAGAUGGAAACAACUGAAAAAUCUACCGGUGAAGUAAAAACCGUGCAGCCGGUGCAGAAGGUUAACGUCGUCCCAGAGAGGCAACCAUCUGUUCAGGGUAGUUCUACGACACACGUGAACCUCACUUCUGAGCUCAGCUUGGACUUGACAUCCUUCAGACAAUCUCCUGAACUACCGCGCCCCCCGUCAUCAUCUCCGCCAGCCACUUCACCGCGUGGGUCCACUUUGCCUUCCCCUGUUGCAUUAAGUAGCGAUCGAUCAACUGACUCUGGAUUUUCGCCGUCUGAGGAGCUUAAAGGUCCAGCUUCACCGGAUACGAAAAUGUUCGGAGUCAACUCGCUUUCUACCUCAGGCACAGUGGCCGUCCAGGCGCAAACGGUAAUUGCCUCGGAUACAUCGAGUGAAGAACGACACCCAAAGUCUGCACAGGCAUUUUCUGCGACACAAACGGAUGUACAAGUGGAUACUGGGUCUGUACAAAUAGCCAAGCCGUACAUUACAAAGCGUCCUGUGGAAGUUUCUUCUAAACUUCAGCGACCACUGAGUAUGCCAGCAGGUAUUGUAACCGGAGAUCUCAAAAGCCAAGUUGUUCAAGUCAAGGGCAAAACAACAGAACCCCAAUCAAGAAAAUCCAGUUCCUCUUACUCCUCUGAUGGUUUCUCACCAUCUCCUGGAACAUCCCCAGUUGACAGCUCCAAAACUGAACCCGCGGACCUUCCCAAACCACCACCCUUUACUGUUCCUCCUCUCCGACGCUACUCCGAUCUUGCAGCUGACCUUAGUUUCAUUUCAUCUGCGGCCAAGGCAGCAGAGAAAUCAAACGUGUCUGAAGUCAAAGCGGAAGUCUCCGCGAAGCCACCGAAUCUGUUGCUUAGGCGAAAUCCAGAUACAGCUGUGGAGAGGCCACGGAGCUGGAUGGGGCCUGGAACCGACACCACCAAGAAGAAGCCCAUGAUGUGGGGGUCGGCAUUCAAACCUGUGUCGUUUGAUGCGCAAGGUAAAAAGGGCAUUCGUCCGAUUGAAUUUCAAGUGAAGUCCUUUUCACCAUCAUCCUUAGCUCCAAAACAAUCAACUUCCCCAUCUACAUCGUAUGUAGACUCCGCAACCUCAGUUCAUAGCACGAUUUCAGUGACAGAGAAAGUGAGAAGUAAUACUGAACUUGGGGAGACUUCAAAGCCAGCACCACCUGUCCCAAGUAAGCCUGCUGUGGCGAAACCCUCAGCUGUCAGAGUUUCGUCGUUACCGCAAGGAGAAUUGUCCUCUCAUCAACGUGGUAAACCUGACCCUAAGUUUGAAAGAUCAGUUAGUACUCCAGAGACAAAGAAAACAGAACCUGGUGCAACUAAAUAUGAGAUAGUCUACUCAACCAAAGAUUCCACAUCACAAGGCAGUUCCAAAGAUCUCAAAGACACCACAGAUGGUGGUUCACGUUCGGAUUUGCCAAGCCCUGCUAAAUUGCGUGACCAAACAAGUGGUCCGAGCGGAGUCACGCGAGGCAGGCCUCGCUCUACAAUCUUAACUGGGUCCAAUUUCAACAUUAUCUCAGCUGAUGAAAAACUUCCACGUGGAACGGUUGGUUCAGAUACUAAUAAGCCUGCCACUAUUCAACCGAAGGGUGUGUUUUGGACACAAGCUAAGCACCAGACGAAUGAACAAAACAAGCCCUUAUUGCAAGCUCCAACUACAGCUAAACCGCCACCAUCCGCGAAAACAGCUGCAGGAGCUGACACCAAACCACUCCCAGCAGUAGCGAUGAGAACCAAAGUAGGGAAUUACGACCCUACCAAAAGGCAUUCUCCUCCCAGUUACGUGAUUGAGGGAGCCGAUGGAAAACAAUCGAGUAUCAAGAAAAGUGGUAAAGGAGAGGCUAAGUUCCAUUUCAUCGUGAAGGAAGCAGACACUGAUACAACUGUAGUUCCUCGAGGAGUUGUAGCAGCAAUGAAAGCCUUGAGAGAGCAAAAAGAAACAUCACAAGGAAACUGAUGGAAAUACCCGUGAAUGUCACGAUGUGAGCUGAAUCUUGAGCCGACACAAUUGGUUUAAAACCUGUCGCACUUGCAGCUGCAUCUAAUCGUUACAACGAACGACGAAUUAGGUUAUGUAAUCAACAUUAAGGUUUCGUUUUUGAGCUCAAAAAAGUUUCGUACAUUACCUUUACUGUUAGAAACUAAGUCAGGGAUACAAAGCCGGUUUGAUGUAUGCCAUGGUUAGACAGCUUUCAUAUUUAGGAUUUGGAGCGGUUACGCAGGUAUGAAGAUUUAAUGAAUAAGCUAUUUUUAGGAUUCGUUUAUCAAAUUGACUAAAACAUGUUCCAAACUUCGACCUGUGCACGAAAAGGGGCUCUGUUUGCAUGAAUUAAUAAACGGCAACGGUCGCUCUGACGGAAAUACCACCAUGUAAAUCAUAGCAUCGAUUUGCAGCUGUCAGUCACUUUAAGACUUAAAGGUUACUACUGUUUUGGGUGUUUGGAGGAAUGAUUUUAUUACAAUAAUGUCUCAAUCAGUAGGAGAUUAUUUAGUUACCGUAGGGUAAUUUAUUAACUGUAUGACUGAUAAAUCUGCGCCAAUAUGGACUCCUUGGUUUGCGGUUUAUUUCUUGUAUCAAGCGCAAACAUGCUUUAUGAUGGUUUAAUUGCAUAAAGAUAUCACCCAGGAAAAGUAUUCACGUAGUUGAAGUAUUGGUACACAAUAAUGUAGUCUCUAUUGGUUAACAUAAUAUAUUUAUUAUGGAGUAAGAUGGAUUCUUUCCCGUGGACCCACUCAAUACAGUGCGUCUAGUAUGAUGUUACUAUUUGACUUCAUGAUGUUCUUUCUCGGUGUAUUUUCUCGUAAAGAGGAUUUAUUUCAAAUUGCAGAAAUAUUCUUUGGGCAGCUACUCAAACUCUAGAUUUGUUUCUAUGAUUAAUGAUGGGUGUAAUAUACUUAAAAUUCAACUCGAUAAGAUGUAAAUACCAAUCAUUUAACAGUUUGGAAGGUGUAACUACUGGUAAAAGUUGAGAUUUAUUUACGAAUGGCAUUUACAAGAAUUAAGGUUUUUUGUUAUCGUCGUGAAGCGAGGUCGCUUUAUAUAGCUUCUGAGAGGCGUAAAUACGUUAGUUUUUUUUUCUUCUGGAGUUGUUAGUAAUUUUAUAGUUUUCGUUAAAGAGAAAUUCUGCAUUGUGCAAAUUCUAGGUAGGUAGUUUGUUAGCUUGCAUUGCACAUGAAAUUUGUCCAGAACAGGGAAAAAAAUUGACCUAAGUGUAACAUUGUAGCGAAAUUUUAUUUAAUUGAUGAAAUGAUAUUUGUGAUCACUUUUGUUACAGGGUCAGAUGAAUAUAAUUAUUUUUUUUGGAAUUGUUUUUGUUGUUGUUAAGCGAUGCCUUGAGCAGGAAAGAUCAUUUUUACUUUUGUUUUUUCUUUAUUGAUUUUAUAAAACGAGGAAAUAUAUUUGUGAUUUAGAUUUUUCUACCUUUGAUAAGUCCAAUAUAGAUAAAAAUAAUUAUUUUGUGCUAUUAGAUAGAUACAAAGUCAGGAAUAAAUCAAAUGCUGAAUCGACAGUGAUUUUAUUUAA